AUGGCUUCCACGUCGACACUGAGCCCACCUCUCGCGUCGACUUCGACUUCGACCUCGAACCCGACCCCGACCCCGACCCCGACCCAGACCCAGACCCAGACCCAGGCGCUCAAACCACCGCUCAGCACUCCGGCUCGACCGGAUCCAGUCCAGGGUCAGUCCCAGUCGUCGCGUGCAGAACACAGAAGAGGACUCAUUUAGCUUCGAUUUUAUGUCUCAGAAUACGCCACAUUCCUACACCCCAACUUUGACCCGAACCAGUUCGCGCAUUCGAUCGUCAACGACCAACCUUACGUUCCUCCGCCGCUCGACGGCGCGUCCGAGGCCGACACCCUCGAGGAUGGUGCCCAUGCCGCGUCAUCCUUGUUCAUGAAGGCGCUUGAAAGGGAUGGGUCGGCGUUGAAGCGCGCAGGUGCGGUCGCUGGGGGUGGAGUAGGUGGGGCGUUGGCCCAUCUGAGCUUUGGCGUCGAGGAGCUCAAUCGCCAGCUCAAGGCCGAGGUGAGCUACCACAGCGCAGCAAUCUUGGGGAAAAAUGAGGUCCAUGAUUAAUCCUGUGCUAUCUCAUGUCCACAGAUCACAAAACACCAUUCGAGCCUUCUGCUCCAAGCCGCGUCGCUCGGCGGUCUCGAAGGCGAUCUCAACGAGGUCCGACACGGCCUCAAAGAGGUCGAAGCAGGCGUUACAAGGUCAGCUACCCCACAUCCUACUCUGAAACAAGCGAAAUAGCGACGAGACUGACGUUGGAACGGUGCUCUUGGUGACCAUAGACUGCGGCGAAAAAUCGCCACCCCCCACUCGUCCCUCUCGGCCUCGCUACAGCUUCUCACUCGACUCCGACGAACCUCGUCGCUCGCCCGAAGGAGUCAUCGUUUCAUUGUUCUCGCCAAACGGUUGGAAGCUCAAAUGAACGAGAUCGAUGGGGUCGUCGUUGAGGAUGCCGACAAGGUCCUGUCCAAGUCAUCGACAAAUGGUGGUACCAACUCGGGCACCGGUGGGGAAAGGACAGAGCGUGUGAUGGCCGAAGCGGCAUUAACACUCGCAGAGAUUGGUGAGUGAAUGCGCAUCGAGCUUGUCUCAACUAGCUUCGCAGCAACUCAAGGUUUGCGUCUCGUCUCGACCUUGUUUCCGGACAGAGCUGCUUCUCAACGAAGGAUCUGAAAACGACUCGGAGCUCAUCUCGAUCCGCUCUGUGCCGCUCAUCGCGGCCCAAGUACCUGCCGUUUCAUCGUCCCGAGAGCGAGUGGUUUUGUCGAUGGAGUCGACAGUCCAGCGCGGUCUAUCGACUCUCGACCAUCCCUUGCUCGCCUCGAGCCUUCAAACGGCUCACAAUCUCAGCGUACUGCCACAACUCGUCGAUGCUUUGCUCGCCAGCUUGAACGAUGUCGUGUCGAGGGAGGUCAGAAGGGCGUUCGACAUGGCCAGUUUGGCAAAAGAAGUCAAUGCCAAAGGUGCGGGCGAUACAGCGCGCUGUCGGUGCCGGAUCUUAUGCUAAAUCAGAGGUUUUAAACCUGGCAUGUCACCAGAUCCCUCCCAAUCCUCAGGUCCGACUUCGUUCGUAUACAAAUCGAGGGCCCGAACGGAACCGACCUCGGUGACGCUGCCAUUGUGGCAGUCCACACUAUGGGCACGGAUGGAGACGCUUGUUUCCGAGAUGGGCGCGAUCUGCAUCAAGGUGUACACGCUCGAAAAAGUCCUCAAGCUCAAGCGAGACCAGAUGACGCAGACUUCGUUCUUGGACGAGGCAAUGACGGUGAGCAAUGCCUCGACUCAGCUGCCUAUGACCUUUCACCGCCCAAAGGCAAAUGACUCAACAGCGAUUGCUCAAUGUAGGCCCUCGAUGAGCGGCCUUCGGCCAUGUUUUGGACAACGUUCGCAUCAACUCUGGAGCAGCACACCAAAGAGACGGCACGGUCGUCGGCUUUCGUGCAGACCACAGUGGCAUCGAGCUACCCAAGACUGCUCCGACUGCUGCACGAAUUCUUCACCAAGAUCGCCGUGCACACCGACACCGUCUAUUCGUCAACUCAGCAGAGUUCUGAAGCCGUUCAAACCCUCCGAGCCAUUCAGCCGUUCGAGACGCUAUACUUGACUCGUUCGUCCAAUCGGCUUUUGGAGAGUGUGGGAUCCGCUUUUUCACUGUCGUCGGCGUCCUCAAACGCGUCGAGGACGAUUCCGACCGCCAACGAAGGGCUGGGCACCGCACGAGCAAUCGUCAACGAACUCGAUGCCGCACGCUUCGAUCCUUUGCUGGUGAAGAACAUUGCCAAGGGUGCAGCCAGAGCCGUCGACACAUUCGUGGGGACAGCCGAAAGUCUAGUGGGUCGUUUUGAUUUCCCUACGAGCUUAGCCCUUUACUCAGGGUCACAACUAUAUCAUAACCACAGAUUGCUCGAGAUCAUUCCUCCACGAGUCUUCUCGGACCUCUGGCCACGCCUUCUCAGCACUCGAACGCCGAGUUGGCCUCAUCGCUGUAUCAUCUUUGGUCGCCUCUUCACCGCGCGCUGCUGGGCGAGCAAUACGGGAUCGAGCCCGUCCAGGUUGCACUGAGACCGUCGAUUGACCGGAUACGACAUGUAUACCUUAAUAUCUCCAAGCCACUGAUCAUGGCCAUUCGCCGCGAGUUCUCCACCAUCCUCGCUCGUAUGCAUCGCACCGACUAUUCCAAGUCCAACGAAGAAGGCACUGCGCCCAACUCACAGAGCGCUUACAUGACCGACCUCACCGACAAGCUAUCGCUUGUCAGGGAUGAAAUCUUGGGCACAUAUAGGGUCGGAGACUUGGCCAAGGAAUGGUUAGUUUCGACGGACCCUGACGACUCAAUUAUCCAUGCUAACGACGGUUCAUGACUGGCACGCUUGUUCGAUUAUAGGGCCCUGGAUCUGUCGCGUUUCAUCGUACAAACCUUCCUCUUACACGCAUCGCUCAUCACUCCGCUGGGCGAGUCGGGCAAGCUCAAGCUCGUUGCCGACACGGCAUCUCUCGAGUUCAGCGUCUCGGCCUACUUGUCGUCCCAUGCCCUUGCCCUUGCCGCAAUGGGUGAUCAGUUCAAAGCGUUGCGCGCUUGGCGGCCGUUAUUGUUCCUGCCUGACAAGGAUCUUGUCGCAAGGGCGACAACGGGGGACGUCCCGACGUUGAUCCUCCUACACCAUGCCUUGGGUCGGGCCGCUUCGGCCUGCCGCGAAGGUCGGAUCCAAGUCAAGUUACCACAUCAAGUCCAAGGCUGGACCGAAGGCGACUACGUAAGGUGGCUGAACGAGCACGGCGAGACCGAUCGGCUCGCCAUGGUGAGCAUGAGUGUCGACGCGUGGAAUAAGGAAAAGGAGGUCUUGGCGAGGGAUGAGGAGGAUGAGACGAUUGGUCAGGAAGGGCAGGCCGUCAUCGCUAUCGUUUCGGAGAUCUUGGCGCGAACGGGCUCGACUGCUUGA